UGUUCAAAAGUUGGUUUUGAUUCACGGUUUUCGAGAUGGUAUCAUAAAUUAUCAAUUACAUUUAGAGAUUGCAGAUGUAAAGGAAGAAGACUGGGCAAGGAAAUGGAAGGCUACAUCGAUUGUCACUGUCACAUUUCCGCGGAGGAGUUUAAUGAGGACCUGGAUGAAGUUAUAACAAGAGCAAAAGAGGCUGGCAUCAGUGCAAUUGUUGCUGUUGCAGAGUUUCCUUCUGAAGCUCCCAGGAUUCUUAGCCUGUCUGAAAAAUAUAAGGACUUUAUUUUCCCAUGCCUUGGGGUCCAUCCUGUCCAGGCUGAACCACCUGACUCCCAAAGAAGUGUAACUUUGGAGGACCUUGGGCAAGUGGAACCAGUGAUAGGAGAUAAUGUGGAAAAGUUAGUUGGUAUUGGUGAGGUUGGUUUGGACUUCACACCAUUCAACGUAAAGGGUGACUCUGACAAAGACGUGCAGAGACAGGUGUUUGCAAGGCAGAUUGACUUGGCCAAGAAGCAUGAUUUACCAGUAAAUGUGCACUCACGCUCUGCAGGGAGACCUGUUAUUCAGCUGCUGAAAGAACAAGGUGCCACCAAAGUGCUGCUGCAUGCCUUUGAUGGGAAGGUGUCUGUAGCUCUGCAGGGGGUCCAGAGUGGGUACUUCUUCUCUGUUCCUCCCUGCAUUGUCAGGAGUGAACAGAAACAGAAGCUUGUGAAGGCCAUCCCCCUGGAUAACCUGAUGCUGGAGACAGACUCACCUGCACUGGGGCCUGUCAAAAUGGAGAGAAAUGAACCAAUGAACAUCAAGGUCUCCUGUGAGCACAUUGCCAGGAUCAAGGGUGUCUCCAUGGAAACCGUGAUGCAAGUGACAACACAAAAUGCACUCAAGCUGUUCCCCAAGAUCAAACAACUUCUUACAAAAUAAAGAUGAAUGUAUUA